AUGGAAGCUCGGGAUCGUGAGCAGGCCAGAUUAUUAGCUGGGGCUUUCCAGAGAGCCGAUUUAGAAGCUGAGGCACACGAGCAAGCUGGAUUAGAAGCUGAUGAUGAGUCAGUUGGAUCAGAAGCUGAGGAGAAUGAGUCAGUUGGAUCAGAAGUUGAGGAGAAUGAGUCAUCAGUUGGAUCAGAAGCUGAGGGGAAUGAGUCAGAUGGAUUAGAAGCUGAUGAUGAGUCAGUUGGAUCAGAAGUUGAGGGGAAUGAGUCAGUUGGAUCAGAAGCUGAGAAGAAUGAGUCAGUUGGAUCAGAAGCUGAUGAUGAGUCAGUUGGAUCAGAAGCUGAGGUGAAUGAGUCAGAUGGAUUAGAAGCUGAUGAUGAGUCAGUUGGAUCAGAAGCUGAGGAGAAUGAGUCAGUUGGAUCAGAAGUUGAGGGGAAUGAGUCAGUUGGAUCAGAAGCUGAGAAGAAUGAGUCAGUUGGAUCAGAAGCUGAUGAUGAGUCAGUUGGAUCAGAAGCUGAGGGGAAUGAGUCAGAUGAAUUAGAAGCUGAUGAUGAGUCAGUUGGAUCAGAAGAUGAGGAGAAUGAGUCAGUUGGAUCAGAAGUUGAGGGGAAUGAGUCAGUUGGAUCAGAAGCUGAGAAGAAUGAGUCAGUUGGAUCAGAAGCUGAUGAUGAGUCAGUUGGAUCAGAAGCUGAGGGGAAUGAGUCAGAUGAAUUAGAAGCUGAUGAUGAGUCAGUUGGAUCAGAAGAUGAGGAGAAUGAGUCAGUUGGAUCAGAAGCUGAGGAGAAUGAGUCAGUUGGAUCAGAAGAUGAGGGCAAUGAGUCAGAUGGAUUAGAAGCUGAUGAUGAGUCAGUUGGAUCAGAAGCUGAGAAGAAUGAGUCAGUUGGAUCAGAAGCUAAGGAGAAUGAGUCAGUUGGAUCAGAAGCUGAGGAGAAUGAGUCAGUUGAAUCAGAAGCUGAGGAGAAUGAGUCAGUUGGAUCAAAAGUUGAGGAGAAUGAGUCAGUUGAAUCAGAAGCUGAGGAGAAUGAGUCAGUUGAAUCAGAAGCUGAGGAGAAUGAGUCAGUUGAAUCAGAAGCUGAGGAGAAUGAGUCAGUUGAAUCAGAGGCUGAGGAGAAUGAGUCAGUUGAAUCAGAAACUAGGAGAAUGAGUCAGUUGAAUCAGAAGCUAAGGAGAAUGAGUCAGUUGGAUUAA